AUGCGUGGAUCUUUGAGAUGGAUCGACUGCGACCGCUUGAUGCUCCCCGCUGCUGCGCGCGCGCUCACGCUGCCGGAAGGACACGCAACGCCUGGCGAGGAAACUGGGAGACGCCCCGGACUUGUGGGCGAGGACGGUCGAAACGCGCGAGAGGGAAUGAAACGCCCAGAUCUCGGGGAUAACGCUUCGACAGCGGCAGGGAUCGUCUCGCCUGCGAGUCGCGUCUCCUCCCAACCGGCGCCUAAGGUCUUCUCUGCACUUUCUUUCUCGUCUGCUUUCGGCCCCGCUCCUCACCUGUCGGACGUCGUGUCCCAUGGAAACAGAGGCGACACGCAUGCGGCGCUCGACCUGAGCGGCAAAGACCGGCUUCUGCGAGCUCUCGCCGCUUCGCCGUGGACUCUCAACAGCUCAGAGGCAAGGACGCGGCGGCCACGAGAGCAAGAUGCGAUGCAGUCAGAAGGGGAAGUGAGGGAAGAAGCGGAAGAGCGCGAUGGUCCGCGGCACGUGCGAGGUUUUGCUUCGAUUGUUGAUCGGGCGUUUGCCCCCCAAAACGACAGAGACCAAGCGCGCGGGCACACCGCCCCGCGCUCCGCUGCUUCUUCCUUUGCUCGCGGCGACCAGGACGAUCCGUUCUUAGAGCUUGAGUUCCAAGAAAUCCGACGCGCGAGACAGCCUCCUCCCUUCGCCGUGUUCUCCGACGGGUUGCUGGCUCUGCCUGCGGACCCCCCUCACGCCCAGCAACACCCGUGGCGGGCCUCUUCUAACCGCUUGCCGCGCAUGCACGUCUCUGUGCACCACGCGCGGCGCCUCGAUCCCAUGUCUCCUUCGGCGCCUGCCGCUCCCGCGCCGUCUCGCUCGGAUUCCUUUCCCGUUUCGCGAGAAUAUCUCCUUGCCCACAGGCGCGAGACGACCGAUGCGUAUUCCGCGUCGAUAGACGAGAGCCAGUUCGUCAUUCUGGAUACCGAGCUGCGCGGUCUCUUCCUCACAGCCCUGUACGACGUCCUCCUGUUUCUUCUCGCUCUCUUGUGUUGGCUGCGCCUCCGGCGAUUCCGCGGAGACCAUCUCUGUCUCCCGCCGGACGUGCACGCGUCUCUCUCGCUUCGCCGCCCCGAGGGAGAUGCGCGACUCCCCUCUUUGCGCUCGACUGCGUCCGGCCAGCCUCCGUCGGCUGCCUCCAGUGCGCCUCCUCCACAGUCUCCUUUCGUCCCUUCGCCUUGCGGGGCGGAAUCGCGUGAGCCUGGAGCGUCUCGAGCGUUGCCGUUGGAGGACGUUGCGGGGGAGCCCUCGGGCGCGGCGGCUCGGGCGCCAGGCGAGGGAAGUGAGGAGGGCGGUCGCCAGCUCUCCGGUCAAAGAGCCGCGCUCCCUUCUCCCUUGAUGGAACCUUUUUGUCUGAAUCCGCCUCUCGCCGUCCCUCUUCUGUCUCCGCUGGAGCAGAAGCAAGCGGAGGAAGGAGAGAGUCGCGCAUCGACGGAAGACGUCCUGCCUAGGGCAGAGCCGAACUUCCAGAUGUCUCUGUCUCUCGCGUCUCCGUCCCCCGGCGCCACUGCGUCGCCGCGCGAAACGCAUGCACAGAGUCCCGCCGAGAGACCUUCUGCAUCCGCAGCGGCUCCACGGGAUGCAUCCGCGUUUUCGCCUCGCAGCCCUGAGGGGGACGGCCAAGCCCGCACGCGAAGCCCAGAGCCUCCAGUUGCUGCGUCGGGGCGCUUCUCCAGCGGCGCCUUCAGCUGCUGCUUCGCUGCGUGCCGCAGCGUGAAGGCCUGCUGCCGCUCGGUUUCCAGAACGUGCGGGGUUUUGAGAGACAUCUACCUCGCGAUGGAGAGUCCCGUGGCCUUGCUGCAUCGACGAGUGUGCACGGAAAAACGCCGAAGAAGAGAGAGAGACAACCCGCGCGCGAGAGAGCCGCACCAAGAACAGGCGCAGACGGUCUCGCCAGUACGCGACAAAGGCGAAGAAAGGGGAGGAAGAGGAGAAAGAAGAGAAAGAGAAGGAAGAGGAGAAAGAGAAGGAAGAGCCGGAGUUAACAGCGGCUCGUUUUAUGCACCUGGCGAGGACGGCUCGAAAGGCGAGGCGUGUGCAGAGUGCGAACCCGGAGAGGAGAAAGCCGAGACGAAAGGAAGCGGCGCGGGAGUGUCGGGGAGAAGAAGAAGCGCGAGCGGCCAAGGCGAUGAUGAUGGCCUGAGGAACACAGAAGGCGUUGCCGAAACUGCGAGAGAGAGAGGACGAAUGGAGACGACGAAAACGCCGGGCACCGCGUCUUCUUGGAGAGACAGCAGCUGGGUUUUCCCGGACUUUUGGCGCACCACGGAAGAUCGAAACGCCCUCGAUUUCGACUGCCUCAAAGGGGAUAUGGCCGCGUAUCUCCACUUCCUCAAAACGGCGAGGGCCUGCUGCCAAGCCAUCUGUAUCGCCUGUUUCCUGGUUCUGAUUCCGCUGUACGUGAUCGGCGAGAAACCUCACCGAGAGUUGUACACUUUCCUCGACAUGUGCACCGCCGUGGAUAAAUCGUCGAAAGCCGUUCUCUGGAGCAUAACGCGUGUCCGUUUUGUCGUUUUCCGCGCUUUCCACGUUUUUGCUGCGCUUUGCCUCCCUCGUUUCCCCGCCCCCGUCCAGCGGACUUCCGGCUGUCGCCUCGUUACCGAUUUUCUGCUGUCUGUGGCUUCUGCGUUGGUCUUCGAACGACAGGCCAUUCGCGCGCCGCUGCUGCCGUCGCGUUCCGCGGACGACUCUCGUCUGUCUUCUUUGCGGUUUUCGGGCGCCUCUGCGCGACACAGUCCGACCCAGAGGGUGAUCGGACGCCAGUCGCCGCUAAGUGUCCCCUGUCUCUCUCCCUUCGCUCCGCCUGCGGGAUCAACGGACGUUUUUUCUUCUCUUCCUUGCGCCAAAACCGCCGGCGAUCGAGCAGGUUCAACCCUGGUGCGCCUCCCCUCGCCCGCGGGAACGCACCGCCCCGCGGGUCCCCCGACCCCGCGAGCGUUGUCCGGCUCCUCCCACGCCUCUCCGACUUCUGCUUUGUCUCCUGUCUCCUUCUUUGCUCCUCCUCGAGUCGCCUUCGACCCGGAGACUUUGGAGUCGAACCGCAUCUGGCUAGCCCCGCCCCAAGCGUUCGCUGUGAUGUUGACCUGCGUCGAUCGUCGCGUAGUCGACUCGCAGGCGUUCGCCUCGGCCUUCGUGGACCUCCACCAGCUCUACUGCAGUGUAUGUACAGCUGGGCGGAUGCGCCAGGUGCGUCUUCUCGACGAGGAACAGCGAAAGAACGCACGCGAAGGGCGGCGGCGGGGCACGGCCCCGGUCGGAACUGACGACUGGCCGCUGCUCCUUCAAGACGAAGCAAGGCGCGCCGGCGAGGCGCACGAGGCUAACGAGGCGGAACGCGCCGCUUCACGCCCCGUCCCAGAGGGGAAGCGCGACCGGAAAGCGAACCGCGGGAAACCGGCAGAUCGGAGAGUGCGCGAAGCAUCCGGCGGGAGCGGAGCGGCAAGACGCGCGACAGACGACAAAGAGCAGGGAAUUCAGUUCAGAGACUCUGUCCGCGCGAAAGCCUUGAGGCGGGCUCUGACCGCAGGAACUCUGGAAGCGGCCCGAUCGGACGCAGGUAGAGCGCCGCAGGAAGAGAGCGCUCCAGUGGAGGCAAGGCUGCGAAGCCACAGUCUGCAGAAAUCUCCGAGCAACCCUGAAGAACUCAGUCGCUUUGCGCAAACACGAGACCACGGAGAACAAGACACGUGCUGGGGAAGCGAUGAAGAAGAAGUCUGGUCCUGUUUUGUCCCAGGCACUUUUUCCUGGAAAUGCUCAUGCGUCGUCAAAGUGAGACUCGUCAUGCAAUGCGGAAAACUCACAUGCGUCGAUGAGAGUCUCCCUCGGAGAGAUCACGGCCUCCGUCCGCCUGUCGUCUCCGACAGACCUGUCUCUCCGAGCGCUCUCCGUCUGUCCCCAGAGACACCGCUGACUUCUUCGUCGUGUUUUUCGCAUUGCCGCGGGAGGCCUCCGUCUCCGCAUCUCGCGCUCCCUUCCUCGACGCCUUCGGCCUCUCAGCCUGAGCAAGACAAUCGCGGCUCUGCGCAGGUAGCUGUGCCGCCUUCGCCGUGCUAUGCUUCUUCUUCGCGAGGCAGCGGACGGCUGCCGCCUGCGCUUCUCUCGCCUUCCUCGCUCUUCCUGCAUCACCAGCGCUCCACGUCCUGGACUCAAGACGAAAACCGGUUCUUCGAUGGCGAGGAUUCGCAGGAGGCUCCCGUCAUCUUCACCCCUGCCGCCCGCAAGCAGGCGGAGACGGGGCGGGGCCGAGGGGACACGGGCGCCGAAACGGACGGAGGCGAGGGCGAGGAAGACGAAGGUGCGCGAGGCGGCGCCUCCGCAGGGUGCUGUGGCCGGCGGAGACGCGGCGAGAGAGGUCGUGUCGACGACGACAGGCCGAGACAACUCGCUCUCCACAGGCCGAGCAGGCGGCCGCCGUGUCGACCCCUCGCGCCGUACCGUAACGCUGGAGUCGCGUUCGUCGUGUUCGACAAUCAGAUUUGCGUCAAGGAAACGCUGCAGACGCCCUCCGACAUCAACUGGGACAAUCUUCACAUUUCUCGUUUCAAUCAGGUAGAGUCCGAACCCGCCGCCGCUGUCGCUGCCGGUUCGUCUCGGCGCCCCGCUGGAGCGAAACGAGGGUGCCUUCGCUCUCUGUCGCGAAUAGUCGGACUUAACGCUCUCCUGGUCAUUCUCUGCGUCACCAUCAUCUCACCAGUGGCGAUUCUCAACGAGCUAACUCCGAUUGUCGAAUCGAUUGACGAACAACUCAUCGAGCAUCGCCUGACGCGGCUCACCAUCACAGCCUGGUUGCCGCCGUUGAUUUUGCUCCUCAUCAACAGCGUCGUCCAACCUCUCUUGAUUAGCUAUGUUGCUGCCGGCUCCGGGUACUGGCUCAAGUCAGUGGAGACGGCGUACACUGUCCACGGCAACAUCGUUUUCCAGAUUUUGAAUACGUUGGUCAUUCCUCUUCUCUCUCUUUCCUCCAUAGACUCUGUUCUGAGGAUCAUGUACACGAACGAAAUUCGCGACUGGUCCCUCAUCCUCGGCUUCACCCUCAUGCACUCUAGCGGGAGUUUCGCGCUCCGUUACCUCCUGAAUCUUACUUUCCUUGGAACGGCCAAUGAAAUGCUCCAGAUCUUCCCUCUCAUCAUGUCUCGGAUCGACACGUACUUCUACGGAUCGGCUGAAAGGAGGAAGUACCCUUUCGACAUUGGCUACGCGUACGCACAGGCACUCUCUGUUUUCACGCUCGUUCUCAUGUUCAGCGUGGUGGUCCCCUUGAUCUUGCCUUUGGGCAUCCUUUACUUUUGUUUCCGAUUCAAAGUGGACAAAUACAAUUACAUGUUCCACGUCUACGCCGACCUCGACUUCAACUCCAACGGACACCUCGCUGUGACUGCUAUCAAGUACAUGCUCUUUGCAGUCGCCUUCCUGCAAUUCGCCAUGGCAGGUUUCUUCGUCUCGCAGGACGACACCUGGAUGCCGGUGGCUGGGGGCUUCAUGCUGUUUAUUUCUCUCGUGAGUCAAGCAGAUGUCCUGGUUGACCCUUUCGUGCUACUCCAUCGUCCCGCCAGGGACGGUCAGUGCCAAAGAAGCCUCGCGCCUGAAGAACAGCGAAGGCGUCCAAGUGCUCCUCCCGCGGCAACGGCAAGAGCUCCGCGAGGCGUAUCGGCAGCCGUGUGGCGUCGCGUCGGUCUGUGUGUUUCUCGGGCGUUUUUCCCAGAAGCAAUGGGAAAAGUGAAUAGGGGCAUUCCCACACGAUGA